CCUUCCUUUAUGGUUAAUUUAUAGACGCUAUAAAUUUUGUCUAUUCACAAAUAGAUAAAUAGAAAUGGGAAACACUAUCUCAAACUCAACAUUAAGCACAAGAACAUUCACUAAUAGCAAUGAAUUCAUAUCAAUUGAGAGAAGAAAAAUACCAAGACAUCUUCAGCCGUUGAAAAGAAAACAUACAUCAAAACAUACAGGAGCAACCAGUAAUGAUGAACAUGUUCCAGACAAUCAGCAGCAUAAAAAGAAACAGGAAAACGUAAUUAUAAAACACCAGACGUCAAGUAAUGAUAAUGUCAAUACUUUAAUUCCACAAGGAAAGAACAACGAACUGAAUGAAAUUAACCAAAUAUUUAUCGAUCAUUCUUCAUCGAGUCCUCAGCUGUUUCGUUGGACAAAAGGAAGAAGAUUCCAAAAUGCAGAAGUAAUGGAGAACAUGCCUUAUCCGCUACCAAAUGAUCAAAUUGAAAUUGAUAGACAUCGAGUUCAAUUUUAUGUUAUACGUUGGGCAUUUGAAAGUCGACACAUUACGCCGCCUCCUAUUAAACAAAAGUUAUUCGAGGGUAUUCGGGUAUUGAACGUAGGAUGUGGACCUGGAUUACGAAUAGGCCAUCCAAUCAUAGACAUGGCUGAAGAUUUUUGUAAUUCUACUUUUGAUGCCUUGGAUGUCUGUAAUUUACUGCCAUCAUCUAAAACUUCACCAAAGAACGAUACACGCUCUGAAUAUGUUCAUGUUACACCUCCACCAGAGAGAGAAAGCAAUCUGCGAUUCACAUUACACAACAUACUGGAGGGUCCAUUACCAUUUGAGUCAGAGACAUUCGAAUACGUACAACAAAGUAUCACCAUAUUGGCAUACAAAAUAGAGGACUGGCCAGUUGUUCUAAAUGAAUUAAAGAGAGUCACCAAACCAGGGGGAUAUAUACAGCUUAUUGAGACUGAGCUUUAUCCACAUCAGUUGGGACCAAAGGGUGAAUCAUGGCGGGACCAGAUUCUCGAUGCCAUUAAAUCAAAACGAGGAAAUGAUGGUAGAAUUACUCUUCAAUUUGAAAGGUUAUUGAAUAAUCUUGACCUUGAAGAUGUUACUGUUAAAUUUGUUUCAAUACCUAUCGGGUCAUGGGGUCUUGAUAUUGGCAACUUAUGGGGGCAAAACUUUUAUGCUUUUUUGGAAUCCGCUGGUACCUUUUUAGUUGAUUUAAUGCAAAUGACCAAUGCUGAAUACAAGAAAGGAACACAAGGUCUUAGAGAGGAAUUAGAAUCUGGCGAGUAUAAGGCAUUUAGUAAUGUUUAUGUUGCUUAUGGACGUAAGAAAAAAAACCAUUGAUAUUGAAUGAAGAAAAAAAAACCAACUAUCUCCUUGUAUUGUCUCCUUGUUUUCUUAAAUGUUUAUAAAUCGAUACUUUUUUGUUUGAUUUGUUUA